GAUCUGUAUGCAACUUCUAGUACUCCUCAAACAAGCAAGGUCAAGUAGAUUCGACUAUAACGGUUCCAGCUGGUACCUACCAAGCGUUUUAAAAAAUCAAAAACAAACGUUUAACGUCGAGAUUAACAUCACUAGUAAUAAAUACAACAAUAGUAAAAUAAAAAUGACCGUGGAUUUCACCGCCUUGAUAACAGAGGAAACGUUAUCGAAACUAAAAUGCGAUGACUGCAAAAACCACUUGUCUCACUUUCCAAUUUACGUCUCCAACGACAAAAAGAACAUCUGCGGGCGUUGCUCAAAAACACAAGAAAACCUAACAAGGAACGAGGUUUAUGAAGGUUUAGCCCAGUUCAUUCAGUUUCCUUGUCAAUAUAAAAAUAAGGGUUGUGGUGAGAUAUUUUUCCCGAAAGACAUUCCAACGCAUGAGGAGAGAUGUGUUUUCCGUAUUAUUGAAUGCCCCACGAAACACUUCACUUCGUGUGAUUGGACCGGGGCAUUACCCACUGUUUUGGUUCAUUGCCAGAACAAACACAAUGAACUGAUUUUGAAAAACGGCGCUUUUGAGUUGGAUUUAGCCAAAUCGUACAAGAGUGAGAAGUUGCUGGAAUAUGAGUCUGGGGUAUUUAUCGUCGUCCAAAAAUUUUACCCUAUUAACAAACUGAUGGAGUUUACGGUGCGUUACCCCGAGUAUGGGUUUGAUAUUAAGGAAAUUCCAUGCAAGAUAAGCUUCAAAACAGCGAAUAGAAAUGUGGAGGUUUGUGGUUACACGACUAGAUUUGAGGACGAUAAAGUCACCGAGAUUUAUUUGGACUCAUUGAGCGAUCGCAAUGCAGUUUCGACUGUAAUAGAGGGAAAAAUUGCACUGGAUAAGUUUAUCGACAAGCCGGUUAUUAAUGAACAAAAUGAUGAAUUUUUGGCUUUGUUAAAAUGUUCGUCGUGUCAUAGGUUUGCUUUACCACCCAUUUACGAGGUGGUUUCUACCAAUCCAGGCCAACCCAUUUACGAGGUGGUUUCUACCAAUCCAGGCCAACAAAAUUUGGUUAAGUGUGCCAAAUGCAAGCCAUUGGUUAGUUUGCCAUCAGCCAGUACCAAUAUGUGGGGUACCCCUUCAGGAGCACCCAAACCUCAAGCUUUGCGGAAUAUCGCUUUGGAUAACCUUGCAAAUAAGCUAACUUUUCCGUGUGAAAAUGAGCCAAAUGGGUGCACAUUUAAAGCGAAACCGCUACAAAUGGUAAACCAUCAAAUUUCGUGUCCUCGAGGGACCUAUAACUGCCCCGUUGGUGAAUUUGUUUCCUGUGUUUGGAAUGGUAUGGGAACCGAAAUCGAGGCUCAUAUUGAAGAAGUCCAUUCGGGUUUAAUCUUGAAAUCGUCAACGGUCUCUGAACCUAUUAAAGACGUGUAUUCGUGUUUCCAACAAAAUACAUCAUCUUUCGGUUCCACACAACGUUCCAAACAAACAAAUCAUGUUCCAAACGUGUCGUGUUACAUUAUUAAAUUUUCCAAUCGUUUCUUUCGCUUAAAUUUUACGGAAAAAGAAAGUGAAUAUCACUGGGCGGUUCAAUUAAUUGGUCCGUUUGGAAAAGGCUACAUGUUUGAACUUGAAUUAGCUGAUGAAAUGAGAAAAAUUAGUUUAGUAACAAAACAAGUUUGUGGUGGUCUCACGAAGAAAUGUGACCUAUUUCGAACCAAGAACUGUUAUUUCAGUUGCAACCAAAUUACGAAUUUCGUUCGCAACAAUAUGAUUACGUUCAAUGUGAAAAUUUACGAAUGAUUUGUGCUUACAUUUUGUACCCAAUAAAUUGUAACUAAAAGAAA